CCCUUCCCUAUCGUUUACUAUCACCCUGUUAUCCACAAAACUCCCAAAGUCACAACAGUCCGCCAUUAAAGCAAAAACAGAGCCCCCCCAAAAGAGAACUUAGAAGGACAGAGACUUUGCAUUAAAUCGGUCAAGUAUAGUUUUUUUCUGUAUAAUAUUAUUAUUACUUUUAUUAAUAUUAUAUAUAUGUAUGUAUAAAUGUUAGGGUCUUGAAGAAGAAAGAGUUUGAGAACAUGCUAGUAAUGGAGAGUGUUGGUCUCGGUGCUCGGAACUUUGUGGCCGUGACGGUGUCGUUUUGGUCUGGUUCGAGGUUGAGAAGAGGAGGGUUAGUGAGGAAAAGAGCUCCUUUUUGUGGCUACGGUUUGUGCAGGCGUAGUUGUCUGCGAGUGAUGGCCAAUGCGGGGAGUGAGAGUUGCGUGGUGGUGAAACAAGGCUUUGCAGACGAAGAGGAUUAUAUAAAAGGAGGUGGGUCUGAGCUGGUUUUCGUCCAAAUGCAACAGAACAAGUCCAUGGAGAAGCAGUCUAAGCUCUCUGACAAGCUUCCUGCAAUUUCAAUUGGUGAUAAAAUACUGGAUUUGGUGGUGAUAGGAUGUGGUCCGGCGGGUCUUGCUCUAGCUGCGGAAUCAGCUAAGUUUGGAUUAAACGUUGGACUCAUUGGACCAGAUCUCCCUUUUACAAACAAUUAUGGUGUUUGGGAAGAUGAAUUCAAAGAUCUCGGACUUGCAGGGUGUAUUGAGCAUGUAUGGCCAGACACCAUAGUUUAUCUGGACAAUAAUGAUCCUAUUCUGAUUGGUCGUGCUUAUGGACGAGUUAGUCGUCAUUUGCUUCACGAGGAACUGUUAAGAAGGUGUGUGGAGUCAGGUGUUUCAUAUCUUAAUUUAAGAGUUGAAAGCAUUGUUGAAGCUACCAAUGGUCAUAGUCUCGUAUUCUGUGAACAAGAUAUCGUUGUUCCUUGCAGGCUUGCUACUGUUGCAUCAGGAGCUGCUUCAGGGAAACUAUUGGAGUAUGAGGUGGGUGGUCCAAAGGUUUCGGUGCAAACAGCUUACGGUGUGGAAGUUGAGGUUGAAAACAAUCCAUAUGAUCCCAGCUUGAUGGUUUUCAUGGACUAUAGGGACCACUUGAAGCAAAAAGCUCCAAGUAUAGAUGAAGAAUACCCAACAUUUCUUUAUGUGAUGCCCAUGUCUCCAACAAGAGUCUUCUUUGAGGAGACUUGUUUGGCUUCCAAAGAUGCCAUGCCUUUUGAUUUACUAAAGAACAAACUCUUAUCAAGGUUAAAGACGAUGGGAAUCCAAAUUUUGAAAACUCAUGAAGAGGAAUGGUCUUAUAUUCCAGUCGGCGGAUCCUUACCCAAUACUGAGCAAAAAAAUCUUGCAUUUGGUGCCGCUGCCAGCAUGGUGCAUCCAGCCACAGGCUAUUCGGUUGUGAGAUCUUUGUCUGAAGCUCCAAAAUAUGCUUCUGUAAUAGCAAAUAUUUUGAAGCAGGGCCAUUCCGAGGGCCUUGUAAGCCGCGAAAGAAGUACUAAGAAUAUCUCCAUGCAGGCUUGGAAUACACUUUGGCCACAAGAAAGAAAACGCCAAAGGGCCUUCUUCCUAUUUGGGUUAGCCCUCAUUUUGCAGCUGGACAUCGAAGGCAUAAGAACAUUCUUUCGCACUUUCUUCAGAUUACCUGAUUGGAUGUGGCAGGGUUUUCUAGGCUCUACUCUCUCCUCAGCUGACCUUGCAGUGUUUGCAUUGUACAUGUUUGUAAUAGCACCAAAUAAUUUGAGAAUGUCCCUUAUCAAACAUCUAAUGUCUGAUCCAACAGGAGCAACCAUGAUAAGAACUUAUCUCAGUAUAUAGCUUGUAAUCGUUAAUUAUUAGACUGCCCACUUGUCACUUUUGAGGGUUACUAGGUCUAUGUGUAGAUAUAUGUAUACAUACAAGUCCAUUGUAUUUUGUGGCCUCAACAAUAAUGUUCUGAUUUCUUUUCCAGUCCCAGAAAAAGAUUAGCUA